CCCCUGCCAGAGGCCCGGGGGGGCGGGGCCGUGAGCCGCAGCCAGUGAGCGCUAGCGGGCCAGUUGCCUGGGCGACCGGGGCGCGACCCCGCCCCCCGCGCCGAGGCGCCGGAGCGCGGCAGAGUGCGGCUGGAGUGCGAACCCGGGUCCCCGCGCGCCGCGAACGCGCGAUGGCCAUGUGUAGCCUCCGGCGGAGGCCGGGCCGCACACUCGGACUCCUGCUGCUGGUCAUCUUGAGCUUCCUGGUGCUCCGCAGGUGGGACUGGAGUACUCUGGUCCCUCUGUGGCUCCGACAGCGGCAGUUCGGGCUGCAGGCAAAAGGCCAGAACUUUAUGCUGGAGGACUCCACCUUCUCGAUCUUCGGGGGCUCCAUCCACUAUUUCCGGGUGCCCAAGGAAUACUGGAGGGACCGCCUGCUGAAGAUGAAAGCCUGUGGCCUGAACACCCUCACCACCUACGUUCCGUGGAACCUGCACGAGCCAGAGAGAGGCAGAUUUGACUUCUCUGGGAACCUGGACCUGGAGGCCUUUGUCCUGACGGCUGCGGAGAUUGGGCUGUGGGUGAUCCUGCGUCCAGGCCCCUACAUCUGCAGCGAGGUCGACCUCGGGGGCUUGCCCAGCUGGCUACUCCAAGACCCUGGCAUGAGGCUGAGAACAACCUACCAGGGCUUCACCAAAGCAGUGGACCUUUAUUUUGAUCACCUGAUGUCCAGGGUGGUGCCACUCCAGUACAAGCAUGGGGGACCCAUCAUUGCUGUGCAAGUGGAGAACGAAUAUGGCUCCUAUGACAAGGACCCUGCGUAUAUGCCUUACAUCAAGAAGGCCUUGGAGGACCGCGGGAUUGUGGAGCUGCUCUUGACUUCAGACAACAAGGAUGGCCUGAGCAAGGGACUCAUCCGCGGAGUGCUGGCCACCGUCAACUUACAGUCGCCACAGGAGCUGCCGCUGCUGACCAGCCUUCUGUCAAGGGUCCAGGGGAUUCAGCCCAAGAUGGUGAUGGAGUACUGGACCGGGUGGUUUGACUCGUGGGGAGACCCUCACAAUAUCUUGGAUUCUUCUGAGGUUUUAAAGACGGUGUCCACCAUCAUCAAUGCUGGCUCCUCCAUCAACCUCUACAUGUUCCACGGAGGCACCAAUUUUGGUUUCAUAAAUGGAGCCAUGCACUUCCAUGAAUACAAGUCAGAUGUCACCAGCUAUGACUAUGAUGCUGUGCUGACAGAGGCCGGAGAUUACACAGCCAAGUACAUCAAGCUUCGAGACUUCUUUGGCUCCCUCUCAGGUGCCCCUCUCCCUGCCCCGCCCGACCUUCUUCCCAAGACUACGUAUGAGCCGAUGAUGCCAGCUUUCUACCUGUCCCUGUGGGACGCCCUCAAGUACAUGGGGGAGCCAAUCAAGUCUGAAAAUCCCAUCAACAUGGAGAACCUGCCAGUCAAUGAGGGGAAUGGCCAGUCCUUUGGGUACAUUCUGUAUGAGACCACCAUCACCUCGUCCGGCGUCCUCAGUGGUCUUGUGCGCGAUCGGGGGCAGGUGUUUGUGAACACGGUAUCCAUCGGAUUCUUGGACUAUAAGACCAUGAGUAUUGAAAUUCCACUGGUCCAGGGUCACACGGUGCUGCGGAUCUUGGUGGAGAAUCGUGGGCGAGUCAACUAUGGGGAUAAUAUUGAUGACCAGCGCAAAGGUUUAAUCGGAAAUCUCUAUCUGGAUGAUUCUCCCCUGGAAAAGUUCAGAAUCUACAGCCUGGAUAUGAAAAAGAGCUUCUUUCAGAGGUUUGGUAUCGACAAAUGGAGUCCUCUCCCAGAAGCACCCACGUUUCCUGCUUUCUUCCUGGGCGGCUUGUCAGUUGGCCCAUCCCCUUCUGACACCUUUCUGAAGCUGGAGGGCUGGGAGAAGGGGGUCGUAUUCAUCAAUGGCCAAAACCUUGGACGCUAUUGGAACAUUGGACCCCAAAAGACCCUCUACCUCCCAGGUCCCUGGUUGGACAAAGGAAUCAACCAGGUGAUCAUUUUCGAGGAGACCAUGGCAGGCCCGAUGGUACAGUCCACUGAAACCCCCCACCUAGGCAGGAACCAGUACAUUAAGUGAGCAGCACCGCCUAGGCCCAGUACCUCCUGCUGGGGGCGCAGGCGAGCCCGCCUCCUCCCGCAGCCCUAGCCCCCUGCACCCUCCCCUGCUGAGCGUCCUUAAGUAGCAGCCUCAGGGACCUUGGGGCUCCCGUCUGCCCCGGCUCAGUUCAAAGCCCUAAACCUGAAGAGAAACGUGGGAUGGCGUGGAGCCCCCCAUACCCAGGUGGCUUCUCAGGCCGCUUUGUUGGUGGCGCCUUUGCUACUUCCCUGUUCCUCUGGGAGGAGUGGAGGUGUCUGUGUGCCGGUGGGAGGGUAGUUUCAUCAGAGCGCCAAGUGCUGCCCACCUGGGCCCUCAGGAAAGGGGCUGAACUGGCUGGGCAGCUUCCCUGCGCCACGCCUCACCCUGGGCCCAGGGUGCUCCUUGACUGCUCUCGGUGGGGCCACAUCCCUCCUGCCCCUCUGUGAUCCUGAAAUCCUGUGUUUGUCACCGUUUGUAGAGGAUAGAGAAAGGGGCGUCUCACCUGUGUUGACUUUGUUCUUCCUUCACAACCUGCCCUGGACCUUCUCUGGGAUUCUUGAAGAAACUCCAUUUGAAAAACACGUGAUUUCGCCUUUCCAUUCCCGCUCUGGCUGCAUCUGACAGGUGACAAGCCGAGCUUGAGACACAGAAAUGCUUAGCCACGUCUUCUGCUAAAUUAUCGAGUAUUUCCAGUUUUAUUCAGUGGAGACAAGCAUCAGUUGAGGAGUGAAGGUGGAUCCCACAGAAACCGCAGCCCAUAUCUGAGCAUCUGGGGAGGGAGAGGACAGGGGCCCAGCUCAGUGGUGUUGGGCAGGUCGCCCCAGGAAUGUUGGGGUGGCCACAGGGCCGCAAGCUUGGUUGCUCACCCUGUACCCCCCCCUCCCCAAGCAGCAGGGAGGAGAGGCCGCCCUCCUCCACAGCUGUCCCCACGUCCGAAUGUGAGACUGUCAUUCUGGGGAUCAAGUGCAAUGGCUCGGCUCAGGCUCACUGUCCUCAAUUGCAAUAAAGCCAGGUUGAAUCAAA